AUGGAAGAUAGCUACUACUUCUUUUUUUGUGUGUGUGUUUCUGCCUGUUAGUAAUUGUGUGUAACAUGCAGUCAAGUCCUUGCAGAGCGGCAGUCACACGCACCAUGAAGAAGUUCAUCUUGAUAACAGCUUUACUUCUCUGCAGCCUCAGCUGGAUCUCUGUCUCAGGUUCUGAGUCUCAGACUGUGGAGGUCCAGGCUGGUGAAGGAGUCACUCUGACUUGCUCCAACACGUCCAAAUAUGACAGUCCAACAUUCUGGUUCAGACUGGUCCAGGGAACUAAGCCCGUCUGUAUCUCUGCUAUGACAACCUCCAAGAGUGAUGUGAACUUCUGUGAUGGAUUUAAAAAUGUAAGUUAUGAAAUGAGUUCCAACAUCUCCACCGUCUUUCUCAAAAUCAAACAAGUGAAUUCAUCGGACUCUGGACUGUAUUUCUGUGGAUUUACUCAAGAUGGAAAGCAGACUUUCUGUGUGACACGUUUAAAGGUUAACGGCAGCGAUGAGUCAGGUGAUGACACGGAAAACGACAUUAAAAGCAUGGGAAUCCAGUGUGAUGUAAUAAGCAAGCUGAGUGGGAUCCUGGGUGCUGUCACUGUUGUCCUUGUUAGUGUCAUCAUUGGUCUGGCUGUUAGAGUCAGGAAGCUUCAGACAGCUGCCAACGAAGAACAGAACCAACCUGAUUAUGAGAAUGACUGUGAUGUCCUGAAAGACGCAGAACUGACGGAGAUGCGGAACGGGAGGACCGCAUCAGAGAGAGAAGUGGAGACUCAUGUGGUUUAUACUGCCCGGAGAUAAACACAGAGGAACUGAUGACUUUAUCAUAUUAAUCUGCAGCUAAAACUAAAUACUCACAUUAAUACACUUAUAUGAGACACACCUCAUUGUAAGACAGGAAGUCUAAAGCAGUGAAGACUGGCUGAUUCUGCAUUUGUAAUUUGUUUUUGCAAAACAUCUUAACUGUGAUGUCAAUG